GUCAUUGAUACAGAGAAAUCCGAGGGCUAUGACACCCGUGCCGACGUCUGGUCACUGGGUGUUACUGGAUUGGAGUUAUGGGAAGCAGAACCGCCUUUAGCUGGCGUCCCUCCGAUGAAGGCCUUCUCGCUCAUCACUCACGGUCCUCAUCCUCUUUCUCUCUAUCCGACACGACCACCACCCGAAACGGAGGAAGCUAAGGAUGACCCAUUGCAAUCGUGCAGCGAUCUGAUGCCGCCAGAGAUGUUCGAUUUUUUGUCAAACCCGAAACUACCAUCGAUUAUUGAUCGGUACAGGAUCGAUAGCGUGCUCCAGUUGGCUGUCCUGAAGCGAGGUUGCCUCAUGUUGGCAGAUUGA